UGAGGCAGGUUGCGUUGUUGGCAUAGGAGGCAGACUGGCAGAAUCAACUGGGCUUUAGAGCAGGCCUUCAAUUUGAAGCCUGAUUGCAGUGAGAUUGGGGAUGAUUUCGUUGUUUUUCGAAGACUGAUGAUGGAAUGAUGCUCAGGUAUCUUGAACAAACAACUAAUUUUUUUGGUUCCUGGGCACCAGUAAUCCAAUUGCUCAAAUCAGAUGUGUUCUUAAAGAAGACAUUGAAGUUAAGCAACGAGGACAUCAUUGGCUCUAGAGAGUAUGGGACAAUUUAUAUACUUACACAGGAUGACACCAUGGCCUUUGCUGUGAAAAGAUUGAACAAAGGAAGUGCAGAUAGAGAUCGAAGAUUUGAGAGGGAAAUUGAAGCAAUGGGGGAUAUAAAGCACCGGAACAUCGUGACUCUUAAUGGAUAUUACAAUGCUCCACAUUAUAACCUUCUUAUAUACGAACUGGUAGCUUAUGAAGGCUUGGAUGGAGUGCUUCAUGGUAUGGCAUAUAUUAAUUCAAUUUCUACAUUGCUAAGAUUUAUACAUUUGAGUUUCAGUAUUAAUUUAGUUUGCUAUAUUUGAAAAGUGCAAAUGAAAUGCUGAUUUGAAAGUAACUAGCAUUUGAAACAUCAGAAUUCCCAAGGAACACGAAUAAAAGUUGAGUUCUUAAAGUUUUCAAUUUCAUGGUUAUUAAUCAACCUGUUCACCAAUUCUUUGUGUCUACUG